GCAGGAGACGUGAGCGCGCAUGCAGGAGCGUCCCUGCAGCAGAGCAGAGGAGAGUAGAGCAGAGCUGGGCAGCGCGUGCCCCGGAGCCGCGAGCGAGCGAGCGAGCGUCGACAAGCGUUCACGGAACCAGCGAAGAUGGACGGAGUGGGAUCGUUCGGAGCGGGCCGCGCCGGGUCCACUAUCGACCCAAUUACAUUCGCUAAACAGCCACAGACCAUCCUCAGAGCCUUGUCGUGGAUCUUCUCACUGGUGGUGUUCGCCUCCAUCGUGAACGAGGGCUACGUGAACAUAGGCAGCGAACGUCUCUACUGCGUCUUCAACAAGAACGCGGACGCAUGCAACUACGGCGUGUUCGUGGGCCUGGUGGGCCUGCUGGCUUGCUCCUUCUUCAUGCUACUCGACUACAAAUUCUCUUCCAUCAGCUCCGUCAAAGAUCGCAAGAAGGCCGUCAUGCUUGAGAUCGGCUUCUCAGGUUUCUGGGCCUUCUUGUACUUUGUAAGUUUCUGCUUCCUGGCUAACCAGUGGUCUCGAACAACGGCUGCUGAGCUGCCCCUCAACCAGGGCGCUGAUGCAGCUCGGGCUGCCAUCGCCUUUUCUUUCUUCUCUAUCAUCACUUGGGCUGGUCUUACAGUGCGCGCGGUGCAGAAGUACCUGCUGGGCACUGACAUGACCUUGUUCACCUCAGAGCACUUGGAUGGUGUAGCACCCACCCAGCCGUUACCCUCCAACUCACCAGGGGGCACCACCGACACCACAGAGACCUACCAAAACCCUCCGUUUACAGAGAACAACGCAGCACCCACAUAUCAGGUUCCCAUUUACUAAAAAAAAUACACGAGAAGUUAAAUUGCUCUACUAUCCACUAUCAAUCAUUGUGGGGUUGGAUUUUCAAGGGUGGGGCAAAAAAAGAAAUAAAAUCAGCUCUUUUGUUUCCUCCUCUUGUUGUUGACGUGAACAUUCCAGUUUUAUCUGCACUUUUCUAGACUCACUUUCAUGCAGAUUAGGAUAGGAUUAAAAAGAAAGAAAGGAAACAAGAGGAGGAACCAUAGAAGAUGAGGCCAUUUUGCAGUAUUCACAUGUUAAAUAGGAGAGCAACUAGUAAGCAGUACGAAAAAAAGCACCUUCACUUGAAAUAUGAAGUAUUCCCUCUCAUGCCAAAUUGUUCUGGGGAAUGUUUUUAUUGAUUUCAUUUGAUUCCGUCUCCUCUCGCUGCAGUUUAACAGUGAUAAUGUGUAUUAAAUCUGCAUGUUUCCAAAUGUAGGGAUAGCAACUGAAGUGCCAUACUGUACUGACAGUGACUUAAUUGAGUAGAUUUACACAUGCUGAGCAACAUCAUCAUUAUCAUCACCACAAUGUUUUUGUGACUAAGUGCAAUAUCUCACAUUCUCAUGCACAUUGAUGUAUACUAUACUGUACUGUGGUUUAAAUAGAUGACUUUUGCGGUGGAUAUAGAAAGUGAAACCACAUCCAUUUGACAAUUUUGGAAGACGAAAAAAAUACAAUGUGACUUAUGAUCAGUACAAAUGAAUAUUUUUUUGUUUCAAUUGAGUGUUAUCUUAAGUAUUUGCACAUAUGCAGUGGCUAUAAAAAGUCUACACACUCCUGUUUAAAUGACAUUUUGUAGAAUAUAAAAAUAAGAUCAAUCCUUCAAAAAAUAAAAUAAUUAAUGUAACCUAUAACCUGAACAACAAAAUUUCUCUGUGUCGGAUAAAACAAAAGUCGCAAAAAUGUUGGCGUGCAAACAGGGGUGUGUAGACUUUUUAUAUGAACUAGAAAGCAAUUUAUUUCAGUAGUUCAAUUUAAAAAGCGACAUUUCCUGUUGUAUAGAUUCACUAGCCUAAAUUGGAAGGUUUCCUGAUUUCAAUUUGUUGACAGUUAAAAGAAAAAAAGUAACAUUUAAAAUGAAAUUAAUCAAAAUGUUUUUUAGGAUAGAAAUCCGAUAGUAAUUCAUUGGAAUUAUAACGGUGCGUUCACUUUCUGGAUAUCCAUCCUCAACCAAUCAUGGGCUCUGUCUCAAAUGACACACUCUUUUCAGCUUUGAAUUGUACAAACAAACCUCAGGCAAAUUUGACUUGGAAAAUGUUGAAUCCAAUUCAAGCUUGAAAUGAAUAUUUAUGAUUGUCAUGCAUGUCAUGGUGACCUCCGACAUAUUCCUCCCUGAUUAAGGCGAUCUCCACCUAAAUGUUCAUGUAUAAAUUACAGUACCAGGGAAUGUAGGUCGUGUGUCAUUCGAGACGGCGUCCGAGGUUGAAUCUGAGUGAGUAGGGAGAAUCUUUCUGUGUUUGUUUACUUUUUAGAAGCUGCCAAACUGCCCUAUGUUCUUAUGAAUCUUUUCAUCACGUUGAACACAUUACUGUUGUCUGUUUACGGGGACUCGCGGUUGAGGUUGGUCGUCGUGUGGUCACAUGCCAAACUAGAAAUCUCCUUGGGGGUUCUGUUGCCAUGGUGAGAGGGAGAGAAGCGGGCCGCUCAGGUGUAACUGUGACAGUCGUGUGCAUGCUCGAGUGCGUGGAUGCGUUAAAAAUGUUGUCGCGUUCAAUUUAUUUUCAGGAACAAGUGUUAGGACUGAGGGAGGAUAUUGCUACACGACUUAACAGAAAUGUUUAAUUAUUUUUACCAGCGCGUAAGAUUUGUUUUCAACACAGGAAACAGCGCCCUCUGCUGAACAAAGCUGGUACAGAUUCAAAGAGACAGCUCUAUUUUAAAAGUAAUCAGAAUAGGAAAAUGCAUGAUAUUAAUGUAUGGAAUUAACCCUAUAUGAAAUUCAACAGCUGGCGGCAUCCCCUAUUGUCACUCGUUUUACUAACAAUUAUAAUAAAUAGUUAUGAAUGCAUUACAUAAAAAAAAAAAAAUUAAAAAAGCGAUGCUAUCGCAACUGCAUGACAUUGCUUUAGGCUGAAAAUGUCCCAGAGUGUUUUAUUUCCUGGAAGACUCCAUAACGGAAAUGGAUCUUUAAAUGGCACAGCCCGCAGACUCUUUAUUCAAUUUCAACGUCACUGAUGUUACAAUGGCAUCAAUUGAGUUCCAAUGACAGCAAACAAUUGGGAGUUAAAAUAAUCAAUAAGGUUAAAGAUGUUAUAGAAAAAGAAAAAAAUGACCUUCCUUCACUAAAUUGCAUUGUUUCCAGGAAGAAUUGAGAUCAGAUUUUUUUUUUUUAUAAUAUGAUUCACCAAACUGCAAGUGGGGAGUUUAUUUCUGUUUUAAUAUUUUGUUAAAUCCAUUUGUAUUAUUUCCCGUCAUUGAUCGAAACAGAUCAAAUGCUUUUGGUGUAUUUGAAGUCAAUUUCCAACUAUUGGUGGUUGAUGUUAAAACUGCGUUGCAAAUACAACUGCCAACUAGAAGCUGAUGCACGUUUUUACUCGAUUUGCUGUAUGUCCUCAAACAAAGGCCUCUAUUUGCUAUGACAACAUCCAGAAAUAUCUUUUCAGACAGUCCAAUCAUGCGGCUGCUUUAGAGCGCCUCAUUGUUUUUUUUUUCUUUUUCAUUUGUUAGCGAGCAUGUUCGAUGGGGCUUUGAGCUGAUUGCUGUCAGAUGGAAAAACAAAAUCAAAUGUAUUAUUAUAUUAAUUCUACACUCCAACUCUGAAGUCAAGAUAAGAUGGAUGGAUAGAUUUAGGUUAGAAAAAAAAAAUGCCCCGCCCACUAUGUGCAUAAAUAAACUGCUUUCCUAACUUUUCAACUCUGCACUGAUAUCAGCUUUUCUGAUAAAACGUCAACGUACACAUUACGAAGCUUGAAUUUAUCUAACCGUGUGAGUAUUUGCAAUUUCAUUUCCAAAAUCAAUUUCAAAGCCAAUGUAGAAGCAGUAGAGCAAUGUAAAGUACGUCUGGGUGUGACUGAUGCUCGGGUCAGGUUGUAUUGUUGUUCUCUUUUUCUGUCAGUCUGUGUGGUAGACUAAAAAAAAGAAUAAUAUCAAGUCCAACAUUCUGUGUGUUUUGUGCUCUGGCCCAUGUACACUGCUCUCGUGUUGGUUUGAUUGUACAAUUGAAGUCAAUGGAACAUUUAUGUGAUGAUGUUCAGGGUCUGAUUUGUUCUGUACUCCAUUUAAAAAGAAAACAUCUCUAUAUAUGACAAAUAAUUAUGAACUAGAAUGCACUCUUAUACAGAAAUACUUUUUGGGAACUUCUUAAUGGGCCAUGGACACAAAAAUUAAAAGUCUGUGAUCAUGCUGUAGUUUCGUUGGACUGGGAUAUAAUAAAAGUGAUAUGUAGUAAUGCUGGUGCUGUUAAUUGUGAGGGUUCCAGUGUAAUUCUUUGCAUGGAUGUUAACAUUUUUUCCACUGUCAAAGUGACGAUGGAAAUCAAAAAGCCCAUAAAACUAACACGUACGUUUUUUAUUUUAGCGUGCUGCCCUUUUAUGAUACGUCUUGAGGUUUUAUUUUCUUGUUUCGACGGGUGUUUUGACUUCUUCUGUGUAUCAAGAAAAGAGGAAAAAUAAAAUGCUGUGUACAGAAAAAGUGUUAUUAUUUUGUGGAUGACUCUGGACUGCAGUCUGAGCAUCACUCCUAAUAAUAAAAAAAAAAACUUUUGGA